CGCUGGCCGGCUAAUGACGUCUAAACUCAUUCGCGCGGGACGCCGGGAACAGGCUUUCACAGCCUGAAUAUAGUUUCAGCAGGAGUGGGCUAGGAGCGAUGGGAAGUAAUUGCAGAAGCUUGAAUUUCUGUCGAUUCAUUGGAAAACUCAAAUCCAAUGGUAGUAGCUAUGACCGUGCGAUCGCUUCUUCGGAAAUUCGUAAAAGCAGAGGUGAAGAUACGAGAAUUUUUCCGAGAAGUUAUUAUGGAGGUGCCCCUGCAUUGUAUCCAGCAUUCGACUCAAUCAGUAUUCUAGCAUCACUGGCCUUCCUCGCUUUUCUAUUACAAUCGUUUGCAGCACUUUUCGAUAGAUCGAGAUCGAUCAUUCCUGCAGUGAUAAGCAGCAGAGAUUCCUCGAGUGAAAAUGAACCCCCAGAUCUCCCUGAAUUGAUUUUACGAGCACUAGAUGAAUACUUUUUAAACAACGACAUGGAUGGCAACGACGAGGAGUCCUCCAAAAAAAAAUCAAUAAAAAACAGACGUUGAAUGGAAAUAACAAAAUUAUUU